AUGGCCUAAAGAAUAUUGAAUUCAGGACCAUUAGAUGAGACUCAAACCAUUAUCUAGGAGAAAUUUUUAUCUAAGGAAAAGCUAGUACUAUCAAAGUGUAUUCCGCAAAACAAAUCCCAUAUAAGAAAUUUAACCUAUUUUGGCAUGAAAGAGCAGAAUCUGAAAUAUUAGACAGAGGAGGACAAUGCUGAAUCCUUAGAAAAAUGGUUGUUAAAACAAAAGAAUGUUGACUACUGGAAUAUAUUGUCCUAAUUGCUCGUUGGAAUAUCGUAGAUACACUAACUUGGAUUUAUUGGUAGAAGCAUAAAAUAUGAGGAGAUUAGAGUUAUUAAUAAUAAUUUAAUUUACAGAACUUUUGAUUAUGCAGAUCGUCUCAAUUGUGCUCCAGAAAAUAAAGUAUUGAAAUUCUCGACUUACGAAACUGAUCUUUGGUUAAUAGGAGCCAUUAUGUGGAGAAUUAUAAAGGGAAAUUCAAUAUAUGAAGAACUACAAUAAAGCGAUAAUAUAAAUGAAAUAAAACUAACUUUUAAUUUCUAGAGAAAUGAAGCAGGUGUAGAUGAAGAACUAUAUUAAUUGCUUUCGAAAAUGCUUUAAAUUUACUAAAAUAAUCGAAUCUCCUUAGUUUAAAUCUUCUAAUACCCUAAACUAAACCUGCCUUCUACUUAAAUAUAAACAAUCUGCAAUUUCUACUAAAAAAUAUAAUUAAAAACUAUAUUGAAGUUUAGAAAGAACUCAUUUUUGAGGGAUUAUUCACUGUAUUAAAGCAAACCCAACUUGAAUCCAAGGAUAUUUUGCUUUUAUUUAGAGGAUUCUCCAAUCUUGAGAUGUUUCUAUUAACAUUAUGUUGAAAUCCAACUACUUAGUUUUGCUUAUCAUUUGUCGUUUUACUUUCCUAACAAAGAUCCCAAUGUCUAAAAAGAAUUAGAUAAAUUGAUAAUUUAAAAGAUGAUUUUAGUCUCCAAACAAUUAAAAUAAUAAAUCAUCUUGACUUUAUUACCAACUUAAUUUAAAGGCUAAGAGGAAUUAUUCAUUAAUGAUCCUAAUUACCAUUAACUUAAAAAUCAAGUCAUCACUUAAUUGAAUAAACUAAUUGAAAUGAAUAAGAAGUAUUUUUAGGAUUCUGAAUUACUCAAGAUGUAAGAAAUAGAUUAGAAAUUUAAUUCUUAUUCUACUGAUGGUAGUGUAACUCUCAUGAGUUAUCUAUUGAUUAAUAUUCUAAAAAAUAGUAGUGUUAAUGAGAAAUCUAAUAUUUACAUUUAGUCUCUGACCUUAGAAGAAAUAUUCGAAAACGAAGUUCAAGAAAGACUUAAAUGA